AUGGCGUCGUCAAAUGGAGGAGUACCACCGGGGUUUCGGUUUCAUCCAACAGAUGAAGAAUUACUUCAUUACUAUUUGAAGAAGAAGGUUUCCUUCGAAAAGUUUGAUUUGGAAGUUAUUAGAGAAGUUGAUUUGAAUAAGAUGGAACCAUGGGACUUACAAGAGAGGUGCAGGAUAGGUUCAACACCACAGAAUGAAUGGUACUUCUUCAGUCAUAAAGACAGGAAGUAUCCUACAGGCUCAAGGACAAAUAGAGCAACCAGUGCUGGAUUCUGGAAGGCAACCGGGAGAGACAAGUGCAUUAGGAACAGCUUCAAGAAGAUUGGUAUGAGGAAAACCCUGGUUUUUUAUCGAGGUCGAGCUCCUCAUGGCCAAAAGACUGACUGGAUCAUGCACGAGUACCGGCUCGAGGACAUUGAUGAUGCGCAAGGCAAUGUUAGUGAAGAUGGCUGGGUAGUAUGCAGAGUCUUUAAAAAGAAGAAUUUAUUUAAGGUAGCAGGAAAUGAUCAUCUACAGGGAGGAGGUCACCACCACCAUUUACUCAUGAACAAUGCGACCGCAAAUAAUCAGCAAAGAGCAACCUUGACAGCAAACAACAAUACUAUUCAUAAUCACCAGGAAUAUCUUCGUCGACAACAUGGUCAUCAGCAAAUAAACACAAGUUUCGAUCUCUACAAACCUGUAGACCUCGCUUUACAUUACUCUCAUCUUUCAGCCCCUUCAACUGAUCCUCAUCACCACCACCAUUACAUGCAACAACAACAAACUAAUACUGAUCAUGACCUUCUUCAAAUUCAACAACCAAUGGGCGGGGGAUCAUACCAUGAUUAUAACUCUGCUAAUCCUGCAAUGCUCAAGCAGCUUUUGUCGAAUCAGAGAGAUUGUGACAGCGGGGGUGAUAGUUUAGUAGUUGCUACAGGGCAAGUGCAUGAAUAUCCACCAAAUGCAGCUGUUAUUGAAAUGGGCUUAGAUAUAGUAGGAACGACAACUACGUCAUGUGAACCGACUGCAACACAGCAGAUGAUGGGCGGAGGAAGAGAUGAUGAACACGAUCAGCACCCCCAUAAUCAUCAACAAGGGUUGAACGAUUGGGCCAUGCUUGAUCGAUUAGUCAUGACUAAUAACAACACUAAUACUAAUCAUGAUAUUGGUCAGAAUCAAGAAGAAUCUUCUUCUUCAAAAGGGGUGGCUAAAUUUGGUGAUCAUCAGGAUGAAGUGCAUCAACAACAAACAAAUGCUUCGUCAUCAUCGACUCAACAAAUAAAUCCACUCUCACUUCGUGGUGAAAUGAUGGAUUUUUGGGGGUAUGGAAAAUAAUAAUGAGAACGAUAAGCCAUGCAUACAUACAUAAGCAUUCGAUUUAUUAUCAGUUAAAUAUGUAUUUAUUUUUAUAUAAUAAUUAUUAAGUUGAUGUGAUAUUAGAUGGA